AUGGAUAAACUCGAACGGGAUCUGGAUGAGGAAAAGUGAGUAGCACUACGGAUUGAGCGACAAUAUCUCAAAGUGUGCCUUUUGCAGGAAAAAGAGAUUUCGAAAGCGAAUGGAAGAGUUUGAUGAUUUGAGAUUGGUCACCAACCUCAACAUGGACAAUAUAUUAUGGCCGUUGAUACGCGGACAUCAACUCCCUUACUUCCAACCCGGUGGAAUCUGGUAUAUGCAAGGUAUGCAGUACGAUUUUAACACAGUUUGAGAUGAGUUCACUUGAGACGAGCACGAGCCGCCACAGUACUGGAGGGGCCACUGGAUCCGAGUGACUCAGCUGCAAAUCUACGAACUCGGAGGCGGAUUCAUCGACGAGGCGACUGCUCAAAUCAUAUUUGCGAGGCUGAUGAAAUCCCUGCUUGCCUACUGUAAUUUCAUGUACGGCGUGUGCUUAGAAUCCAAGAAAAUGUUAGUCAUUGCUGCUCUCCUUCUGAAUUUCUUCGUCAUUUUCAGCAAAAUUUGUCGAAGGAACCUAGACAGCUUUCUUUUCGAGAAUCAGUACAUUUAUCAUUCCUACAUCAACCAAUUCAUGGUGAGUGUUGACGAAAAUCUUCGUGUCCUUGAUAAUAGAUUGAUUAUAUCAUUAUGUUCCGUCUAGACGACGCUAAUCGAAAACUCGAUGCAAGUGCGCUCUGUUGAAAUGGCUCUUGGCUCUCGAGUUAUUGAGCAGCACAGCACAUUCAGCAUUCUGGCCUGAGAAACUGGGAAAACUUGAGAUUAAACUUGAAAACGUCUAUAAAAACAACUUUGUAUUGCAGUCUCUGUAUCCACAACCCAAUGUGAACGCCCCGAAAUUCGUCCGACUCAUUCGCAAACUCUACAAUAAUGAUCCGAACCGAAAGAACGUUGCCAAAUGUGAAAACGCGUUUCAAAAACAGAUUUCGAGAGAGGGUCGUACCAGAAUGAAUGUGGGGAAAUACGCGAUGAUCGGACUGCACGUGCCCUAUUCUGAUGUCACCUACACGAGUCCCCAUGGCAUAUUUUCCACGUAUUACGCUAAACUAUUUCAUGAAGCGCUCGGAGCUCCGCCAAUGGAAAAAGAGCUCAUCGUUGUCAUUUCGUGGUUGGCGAAAAGAUAUCUUUUGGAGGUGAGAGUGGAGUGAAAGGUAACGUCGUUUUAGCAAUCUGUUCAGAUAGUGUACAUGGCCUCAUUAAUGUGUGAUACGACCGGGAGAUUGGGAGAGGUUCCGGCCAUUGCAGACUACAAAAGGGUUUUCGAGUAUGAAGGUACAGUGCAUUCUGUCGAAGCUUCAAAAGAUAAAGUAUUGAAUUCAGAAGAUUUACUGUUCCCGUUCAUUUCAACCGAGAAGGAUCCUCCGAUCGGUCCACGAGCCAUGACUCCCCCGCCCACGCGGCCCGCUCUCUACGUUGCUCCGGAUGUUUCCCUCUACUACCUCCGUCACCAUGGGAUCGCCGAUGAACAGCUGGAGGAGCAACGGAGACUCCAAGCCAUCCUACUCAAUUUCUACAAGAUACACAGUUCGAAUAAUCCAAUCAGACCAGCUACUAACAUUUGUAUCGAAGGUCCCAAAGCGUUUUAA